AUGUCCAAGUCAGCUGUCAAGAUCUCUUCAGACCUUCUGUCUAAUCCCCUGUGUGAGCAGGAGCCCAGCUUUCUGGAGAUGGUCACAGCCUUCGACACAGCGAUGAAGAGGAUGGAUGCAUUCAACCAGGAGAAGGUGAAUCAGAUCCAAAAGACAGUCAUAGAGCCUCUGAAAAAGUUCAGCAGUGUCUUCCCCAGCCUGAAUAUGGCUGUGAAGAGAAGGGAGCAGACCCUGCAGGACUACAAACGUCUGCAGUCUAAGGUGGAAAAAUAUGAGGAGAAGGAAAGGACUGGUCCUGUCCUGGCCAAACUUCACCAGGCCCGUGAAGAGCUGAGGCCAGUGAGGGAGGACUUUGAAGCCAAAAACAAGCAGCUCCUGGAGGAAAUGCCCAAGUUUUACAGCAGCCGCAUCGAUUACUUCAAACCCAGCUUCGAGUCACUGGUCAGAGCACAG